CUCUCUUUCUGCUUAAUUACUUUAAAUUAAUCAAUCAAUGUAGAGAUAAAUAAACGGAGACCCACCACCACCACAUAGAAAUCUCUCAAAAGGAUCUUUUGAGUGGAAAUUUGAUAUCAGAAGCCGCCUACAAGACGCGCUCUCUCUCUCUAUCUCUCUCUUUGAAAGUUCAAAAGAAAGACUCUAUCUCUCUUUCUCAUCAUCUCUCCCUUUCUCAAACUUCAUCAUCCAUCCAUCCAUCCAUCCUCCUAUCUCCUUCUCAGAAACACUAAAAAACUAGUUCAACAACCAAAACCCCCACCACCAAAGAGAAAAAACAAAACAGAGAAAGAAAGAAAGAAAAGUAAAAGGGUUCUUUUCUUAGAUCUUCUACUUCUUUUCUUCUUCUUCUUCUUCGAUCUUCUGUUUCACUGGUAUUAUUAUUAACUUCAGCCAAAACAUACAAGAAAUAAUUACAGCAGAAGUAUAUCUUCAUUGUAGAUCAGAGCUUUUAUUACUACUUAUUCUCCUCUGAUCACCAAAUCUCUGUGUUUCACUUUUGUGUUCAGACACAAUGGAUAUUUUGACAGACACUUCUUAAUUGUGGUGCUAACUUGUAGGUAUAUAUAUAUAUAUAGCUCAUUUUCUCUCCGUGUCUCUUUCCCUCUCUGUAUAUCUGUGAAGUAAUGGAUUCGGGUGGAAAUAGUGGAAGUAUGCAGUCAUCAAGUACUGGAGGUGGUGGUGAUGAAGCAGAGUAUGAUUCUUCUUCACAUGCUUUCUUUCAUGUCGGUGGUGGUAGAGGUGUUAGUGGUGGUGGUGGUGGUAAUUCUAUACAAGCACCAUCACUACAACAGCAAUCAUCAUUAUUUGAUUCUCUUUCUAACUUUCUCAUUACUGAUCAUAAUAACAAUCUUUUCUCACCACCACUAUCAUUAUCAUCAUCAUCAAGAUCAAAUCAAAACCCAUCAUCAUCACUGAAUCUAGACAUACUGUUACAAAACCCAUCUACUACAAUUCCAAGAUCUCAACUCAAUAACUUCAAUUCUCUAAUGACUUCCUCAACUUCAUCACCAUCUCAUCAGCAACAAUCAAUUCUCCCUCAUUCGGGUCGGGUCGCUUCACAAAACCCAUCAUCAUUUCCCACUAACAAUAGCACUGAUCAUCAGCAUCAGGGAAACAUUAAUAAUCAACAGCCAAAUCGAAACCCAAAGAAAAGAUCUAGAGCAUCAAGAAGAGCACCCACAACAGUAUUAACAACAGAUACAAGUAAUUUUAGAUCGAUGGUUCAAGAAUUUACAGGUAUGCCAACUCAACCAUUUACAUCUUCAUCAUCUCUGUUGUUUCCUCGUAAUACAAGACUUGAUCUCUUUAGUAAUAGUAGUACCACAUCAACUAUAAGAUCCGGUGGUGGUGGUGGUGGUGGUGAUUCGUCGCAUCUUUUACGCCCUUUUGCUCAAAAACCUCUUCAAGUUCCUCCAUUUUUAUCGUCAUCCACAUCCUCAAUGGUGCUGAAUUCUAAUGCUAGUGCUAGUACUAGUACCACACAUACUAACCCUAGUAUGACAUCUUCAUCAAAUGUUAAUAACUUCCAACUUCUUUCUGAUCAAUUAGGGUUUCCUAGUAAUAAAAACAAUCAAAGUUCACUUAACAUGCAAACCAAUCCAUCUUUGAUUCCUUAUCAAUCUCUUCUUCUUCAAUCUAACCCUAUAAAUCAGAGUAAUGACGUUCAUAGGGAAAAUCACAGUAGUAGGGGUGGUGGUGGUAGGGGAUUACCAAAUCUUGUGACUUCAGAUGGUUUAAUAUCAAAUAUGCCAAUGAGGAAUUCAUCAUCUUGGGAGAAUCAAGAUCAUAUUUUGAAUGCGAACUACAAUAGCGGUAGUAAUUCUCAUCGUCGUCAACAACAACAACAGAUGGUAACUGGUGGGAAUGCAGAAAAAGGAUCAACAGGCAGUCAAAACGUGUCUACAAGAGGUGAAGGUAUGGUGAAUUCAUGGAUAUGUUCUUCAGAAUAAGUAAUUAAGUAAAAAACUCAUUUUUUGCAAACUAGGGUUUUAAAUGGAAGAUUAGAGGAUGGGUUAUAUGUAUUUAGCUUAUUAGCUAGCUUGUUUAGUAGUAGGUUAAAUAGUAUUAGUGGUCUGCUUAGUACCACCCACUACAACAGCAAAUUACACACUACACUUUUUUAAUUUCAGUUAUCAUAUGUAAAUAUAAAUACAUUUAUUUGUUCUAUUAAUUUUGGUUCCUAUCUUUUGAUUUGAA